AUGAGUGUGUUGAAUUAUCAGUCUAUGAAAUCACCGAUGGAAUCUGAGUUCUCUGAUGCACAAGAUUCUAUUGUUGCAUCAAAGCACGGCAAACGAUUCACAAAGGAAGAAGAUGCUCUUUUGAAGGAGCUUGCCAAGGACAAGAAGAACCGCACAUGGAAAGAGAUUGCUACGUUCCUUCCAGGUCGCACAGCAUGCCAGUGCCGCGACAGGUACAACCAGUACCUUUUCAAAGAAGUUGUUAGCAAGCCAUGGACAUCAGAGGAAGACGAGGUUAUUGUUGAGAAGUACCGUCUUUAUGGUCCACACUGGGUUAAGAUCUCACAGUUCCUUCCAGGUCGCAGUGGCAACAACAUCAAGAACAGGUGGAACAGUGCCUUAACCAAAUAUCACGGAAUUCAACACAAAAACAUACCUCAACAGAGAAGAUCUAGGAAAUCUAAAUGGGAAACUGAAGAAUCAUCGAAUUCGGAUUAUCAAUCCGAACAAGUAACAAUUCAAAACUCUCCUGAACUUGAUAAUCAUUCAUUAAAUAACACAAUUAUCAAAUCGAUGAGCGAACAAGAAGCUUUCAAUUCAGUAUUUAAUGAAUUAGAUUUUUCGAACAUGGAAAUGUUGACUGACUUUUCAUCAUUAAUGUUUUAA